AUGAACAGAGUGAUUAGUCAGUUUUCCGGUAAGUUUAUGAAGGACAAGUGCGUCACCGGUAGCAGCGCCGGCGAUACGACGACGACGGCUUUCAGAUCGGCGCCGCAGGGCUCAGUCGCAUCGUCUUCGUCGUCGGUGCGGAGGUUCAAAGGAGAUCUGGAAUCGAGCCGAUUUAGUGCGGCGGCGAGCGAGAAGCUGAGGCAAGCGGAGGAGUCUCUAAGGACGGUCAUGUUUCUGAGCUGUUGGGGAUCGUGUUAG